CUGUUCGCGUUUCAAUGAAUUUGAAAUACGUCAACGUAAAGUGUUGCCGAAACAGUUCAUACGUCAGGUCUUGAGGAUGUUUCAAGUCGCUUGCCGCAAAGAUUCAAAGACUGUGGUUAGGUGCAGUCUAGAAACAAAAGGGUCGUGACCUUUAGCUCUGACGCUGUCUAGCUGUUUCGAAAUCCUGGUCGGGAGUUCUUGCGUAGUAAUUAUAAACCAGUGCCCGUUAUAGAAGGAAUUCUAGGGACCACACAGAAUAUGGUGGCGGUCGAUCCAUCAUUUGAUCAAUCUCUGUCUUGUGCGUCUAGUGCACGAUGUGAAUGACCCUUAGGCGUGAGACUACGGACGUUUCGACAAGUUCACGACAGCAAAUAUGGCGAAAGGGAGGUGACUUCAGUUAUGAAUCCUGGGUCAAACUUGGAGUGACUGCUGACUGCACCAGGAAUCGUGGAAACCAGUGCCAGGAUCUGGGAGGUAUCUUUCAGCAUAUAGAGUGUCGUGCGCAUGGCUUAUCGAGGUUGGAAAUUCUCAACAGUAGAGGCAGGAAUGCCAUUGAACCAGACACCUAAACGUUUCCGUAUUAACCCGCCCGUCGUGUGAAGAUUAGCAAACCGCAUUUCGUAUGGGAGUGUGGCAUGGAUAGUUCAAGGAGAAAUGGAAUUUCUCUAUUCAGUAAUUUGUUUAGGUUAAUUUUUCCUUUUUGUUUUACCUAACGGUUUGGAUUUUCCAAAUCGAUACGAAUCUAAUUUUACCCUUUAAGUCAAUAAAUGCGUCUCCUUUUGUAGGAAGAGACGGUGGUAUGCUAUCUCUUAUCUACGUACGUGGGAUCUUUGCAUUUUCGGGCAAAAAAUCUUUAAGGUCAUUGGCUAUAAAAGACACUUUCUCACAAUUCGACGUCUGGUAUUUUCUACGGUGAUACUUAAAUAAUCAUUACCACCGUUGCAACUUUUACCCAUCUCGUCUGCAAAGAACCUUCUUCUUUCUUUUCUCUCUUUUACAUUUUUUGUAUUCUACGAUUGUCUCUUCUCGACCGCGAAUUCUGAGACAGUAUCUGGUCGACAAGUAUUUAAACGCGUGCAGCUUCGACUACAAUGUACCAGUCUACUUAGUUACAGAAUAAGCAGGUUGAAGCUAAUCAGAGCCACUGUUAGACAAUUGCAGACGUCAAGUUGGAAUCAAUUGCACUUCAGCCCAAUUAUCGUUUCUGUUCAAUUACGGAGUGGUUAUUGUCCAUUAGGGCAAUUACAUAGGAUGAUGCUGUAAUUGAAUUAAGUGUAGCUCGCUGCGGAUGACAGUUAUACGUUCAGAAUAAGGAGUGUAGAUACAUACAGAGAUCACAUUGUAUGACCUGCCGGAAAACCUUCAGCGCACGUAUUUUUGCUCAGGGCGUUAAAAUUAGUUUACAAUGUUGCGCAUUGUAAGGGGCCUCAAAGCACCGUUGUAUAAGUUAUAGCAUGAACAUUGCUGUUGUUCAAUGCUAAUCACUGUCUUAUUGUUCCAGGCCCACACUUAGGUAUUGUAAUUUAUUAAGCAGCGGCAGUACAAAAAGAUUUAUAAACAAAAUGAACAUUACAAGAUUUAUGCUUGCUGGAUGUAUCGCCAUAUUUUCUCUAAUCAGUGCUGUACCAGCGGUCAAGAGUGAUGGGGGAGCUCCAUGUGACGAGAACGGUCUCUGCAAAUACGGUGGGAAAUGCGGUCCAACCAACACGUGCGUCUGCAAAUUCUCGUGCUCCGUUGAAAAGUGGGAUAUAGACAUUCACUGUGGAAUUAAUAAGCCUGGAAUCAGACGGAAGUACUAUUUGAAUUUGUGCCAACUCCAGGCCCACGCGUGCGAGUUACAAAUGGAUAUUCCAAUCAAGAAGAUGGGAUACAAAAAGCCAACAAAAAAGCGAUGCAAAGCGAAAAGCGAGGAAUCGUACAAACUGUGCUCAAGAGCUGAGGAUUUCAUGGGACGCUGUGGUGGCGGUAUAUCAUCAACCACAUAUACAAGUGCUGGGAUCUGUCUGGAGGAAAAACUGAGUGGAGAGAAACGAUGCGAGUGCCCUAAUGAUAAAACUGGACCCGAUUGUCGAGUGAAGAGCCUUGCGCUGCGAUCUGUAUCAUGGGAUGCAUCCGAAGAGAUCAUUAGUGAUUUAGACGUCAAGGAAGAUACUCAAUCUGGCUUGCCACAAAUACUGGUGUUUGGUUUAGUGUCUGCUGCUCUCUUCGUCGUCUUUUCGCUUCUAUUGAUCAAACGGUUUGUGAUAAAUCGUGGAAAUAGAAACGAAAUCCUCCCGCCAGCUUCACCAACCACUAAAGAAACAUGUGUGGAACUACCAGACAACUCAACUUCAACACAGCGCAAUUUAAACCUAUGAACAUUGUUGUCUCCGUUCGCCCGGAUAAAGACAGCCAGCAGCAUCGGUAUUCAGACGUCACCAGCCAGGUGUUCAGAUCCAACCCUCGACGAGAGAGACUGGUCGCGCUCUCUAGCCCCACCACUGGUGUAAAGUCACAUACGCUGGUAAAAUCGGCGAGUCAAGAAAUAGCAACAUUUCAAACUCCCCACUUGGUUCGGGCAGCCACUACAUAACACAAUAUAUAGUACUGUGGGGGAAGAUGGGACAAUUUUAGUAUAUAAUAUCUAAAUAUCCUGAUCGUGUUUAAAACAAAUAACAACGGUCUAUGGAAGUCGUGACGAUACGAUUUUAUAUUUCUUUAAAUGUUCUUUGUUUACAACAAAAAAUAGACGAAAAAAUAGAACAAAAAGUUGUCCCAUAUUCCCCCACCCUACUGUAACUUUCACUGCUUUUAAGUUAAAAUUUCCUUAUUUCAGUUCAAGCUAUUUUUUCUUUACCUAACUGUGCCAUUUAUUUAUUACACCUUAUUUAUUUUACUUUCUUCUUCUACGAUUACAUUCGCAGCUUUGUGGCGGUGGAAACCCGUUACUACUGCGAACGUACUGUAUAUAGUGACUUUAUAUAUAUAUACGUAUAUUAUCCCCACACUGCUGGCAUGUGGCUUAUAUAGUACAGAGCAUCCAUAACCGCUUCAACAGUGUUACCUGUUUGUUUAUUCAUGCUCGUUAUUGAACAAAAAGUUUCGAAGCAUUCGCGCAGUAUUAAUUUAUUAAUUAUUCUAUUGCCUGCGCUUUUCAGCAACCGAACCAUUUUAUAAUAAAACAUUUGUUUUAAAUUUUCGCCCAUGUUAGACUACUUUUCAACUGAAAAUGGAUUUUAAUGAAGCUUUGAAAUGCAGUUGUUGUCAAAAAGCAGGGUAAUUUCCAAUUGAAUUUACAUAGAAAGCAGUUUUUGAGAACUGAUGUAACUUUAUACUGCGUAAGUCGCAUAGGUUUGCUUGAAUAAAAAGGUUUUAUUGCUUCGAAUCAUUGAGUAGAUUACUUCCUCUCGCGUCAUUUCUCUCACUUGGCUGCUAAAUUCUUCUUGGUUUGGAAUCUCCAGCAGAGAAAUUGUUCCAUUGAACGACUUACGUUGCAUGGGGUACUAGCGGAAGUACAACGCACAUCCGGUAAGGGAUGGCCGCGGAUAUCUUUCAAAUGGAAGGGAUUUUACUCGCAUUUUGUUUCAGAGUCGAUAAAGUGUUUUGACUUGAUGGGUAACGACAUAAAGACAUCUCGUAGAAAUAUUAAAGAGAUUUGAAAAGCAGUUGUGUCAGGUAUAAGAUGAGACAGAAAGCUAAAGGGUAUUUUAAGUUGGAAAGAAAA